GUUUGCGCGAACGCUCCAAAAAUCGGGUGGUGCUCAUUGCUAUAUGGCUGUCGCCCAGUGUCUCUCUCUGCGCUCUCCUACUUCAACCAUUUAGCCAAUGGCAACACCUACAACGACGAACCCACUACUACAAGCUGCUCGCGAUGGCGACGAGCGCUCGGUGUCGAUGCUCGUGCGUGGGUCGCAAUUCCAUACCAUGGUCAACGGCAAGAACGAGUAUGGCCGGACGGCGUUGAUGCUAGCGGCUAUGAACGGCCACAUCAACUUGCUCCAACUCCUGGUCCAACACUUGGGCUACAUGUGUCACACAGACCAAAUUCACGUCGUCGACAACGACGGCAGAACAGCGUUGAUGUUGGCGGCGAUGCAUGGCCACACCAACGUGGUCCAGUACCUCCUCGAGCAAAAAGCAGACCUAAGCGUCGCCGAUAACGGCGGCAGGACCGCGUUGAUGUUGGCGUCAGCCUGCGGGCACAUCGCUUUGAUCCAACUCUUCCUGCUGCGCUCGGCAGACAUCCACCGCGUCGACAACGAGGGCAAGACGGCGCUGAUGAUGGCGUCAACGAAUGGGCACGCUGAUGUCGUCCGCCUUCUUCGACCCACCACAUAUACAGCCGCCUCUCACAUUGAUCAAAACGGCAAGACAGCGCUGAUGAUUGCAGCAGCCAAUGGCCACGCCAAUGUGGUCCAAGUCCUACUUGAGAAGAGCCCAGAUUCACAAACGUCUCACAUCGAUCCAGUUCAGCACGUCAACGACGCGGAUAAAGAGGGCAAAACGGCGUUGCUGCUGGCGUCCGAACACGGCCAUGACAGUGUCGUCAAGAUCCUGCUGAGCCGCAAUGCUUGCGUGCUGCAUACCGACACUAAAGACCGGACGGCGCUGCUACUGGCGACCACGAAUGGACACGAAGCCGUUGUUCGGCGUCUGCUCCUUGCUGGCGCAGCCGUCAACUUUACCGAUCCGGAUGGCCGAGCCGCGUUGACCAUCGCGUCCGCACACGGCCUCGAGGUCGUCGUCCAGUGGCUGCUCAAUGCACAAGCAAAUGUGAACGUCUGUGAUCGACACGGCAGGACGCCGUUGAUGCUGGCGGCCAUAAACGGCCACGAGACCGCCGCCAAGUGGCUCCUCAACGCCGAUGCAAAAGUCAAUGUUAUCGAUCGCAACGACAAGACGGCGCUGAUGCUAGCCAGCGCCAGCGGUCACGAUCGCGUCGUUCAACGCUUGCUUGCCGCCGGCGCCAACGUCCAUCUCUGUGACAGCAAUGGCCACACCGCACUGCUUCUUGCGUCGCGCCAAGGACACAGUGCCAUUGUGCAGCGACUUCAGAACGCGGGAGCCGCCAUGGACCCCAACCCUACGGCAACGACCGCCACGACACCCGAGCGCGGUCCUCCGUCGGACGACACCGCUGCCAUGCCAAGUGCAAGUGCGAACGAUGUUUGCGCCAAGAGACACGAAACCAACGAGGAGCGUCCAUUGGGACAAAACUACUUUACCUUUAGCGGGUUGAGAGCUGCGAUGCCUCCUGCCAGCACGGCGGAGGAAGAACCUGCGAUCGAAGAGCUCCAAGCUCGCUUCACACUGUGCACCGCAUCCGAGUAA